AUGGCGCUUCCAAUCCGAAAGCUUUUGCUGUCUUUUCUGGUGGCAUUGAUUGCCUUUUGCCAUUUUGCCAAUGCAUUCCAAGGUACAUGUACCACCAGCUCCCUUUCCAAGUCUACUCCUCGGCCUCUCGUGGUUCUUGAGGUUGGAGGAUAUCUGGACUCUUUGGGUGGAGGAGAUAACAGCAACCAUGACAAUCAAAAACCACCCGAUAACGCCUACGCCCCCAAGCUGCCGCCGCCAGAUACAGGGUCCCAACAGCUACCCAACCAGCAGUACGCCCAGCAACAACAGUCAAUGCCUAGCUAUCCUCAGCAGGCACAGCCGACGACCAUGAACCCAUAUGAUCAACAGCAACAGUAUCAACAGCAACAACAGGAUCCGUAUGGUCAGCCUCAACAGCAACAAUUCCAGCAAGGAAUGAAUCCCUAUGGCCAGAAGCAGAAACCCCGGUCUCUUUCGGAUAUGAUAUCAUUGGAGGAUGACGAUGAUGACCCAAUGGGCUUUUUUGCUGGCCAACAACAACAACAACCCAUGAUACAACAACAGCCCAACCCGGACGACGAUACACAGGACAUUGACGGAGCAGUCCUGACGGAGGAUAUGAAACAAAGGGCCAAGGCAUCGCACGACGCACCCGAGGAAGAAGCCUCGCAAGGAGGACAACUCUUUCGGAGUCUCAUGGCGCGGGCCCAGGAACGAGCAGCGCAACAACAGAUUAUCCUGCAACAGCAACAGCAGUACAUGCAACCACAACAGCAACAGCAAACCAACGCCGAUAUUCAAAUCCCCGCCAAUGCCAUGGACUUAUCCGUGGAAGACCAGGCACGACUCUUUCGAGAGAUCACGGCACUGCGACAGCAAGGGCAGCAACAGCAACAGCAAUUCCAACAACAGCAAUUCCAACAACAACAAGAACACCCAGCGUUGUCGUCGUCCUACGCAAAAAUCCAAAUGCCAACCUAUCCAUAUGCCAAUCCACCAAAUCCGGAACAAAAGAAUUUCUUGCCACCAGGCAUUGGAUUCGACGGACGCAAAAUUGGACGCAAUCGCGAUGCCGAAAUUAUCAGUACCACGGCCGAUGUCUAUUUUGCACAACUCAAACGAGAUUCGACUACCCGCAAUUUGGCACGUUAUGCCGGUGACGACGAUAAAGCCAAUGCUGUGUUUCACGAUGCUGGAAUUCAAGAAAUUACCGGUCCACAGGCCAAUCCACAUUUGGCCGAUCGUCGGGCCAAUCGAGAUCAAGAAUUUGUCGAAACGGUACCAGAGGAAAUGUUGCUCUUUCAAGACUACAAUGAAAAGCCAAAAGAUCGAUCCUAUUCGGGUGUCUCGUACAAGGAACAAAUCAUGGCACGACGUAAUAGAAGACAACAACAAGAAGGAAACUCCAACAACAAGAAUCACUAG